CCAUUUUGACAUUGAAUGAAUCUAUUAUCAGUCUUUCCUUUGACCUACAGCUUAUAUUGAUAUAAUUCGAUACAAAGAACGAAUCCAUUUGUAUAUUAGGUAACAUGAUGAAAACAAAAAAAAAAUGCAAAAACAAACAUUCCCUCAAACGUUGCCGAAAUCUGAGGUUUGAAGCUGAUACGGUAAUGGUACCUUUCUAGAUGAUUCUGUUGAGUAAUACGCACACAGAUGAUUCUUAUCGCGCACCGAUUCUUGAUUUUAAAUAUCACGUUAUUUUAUAUGUUAUUCAAAUGAGACAUUUUGAUAUUCCGCGGUUUAUUUUCUAUUAUGUUUGAGGUGCGACGACAAUGAAACUUAAUUCAUUUCGGAGGAACAAACGGCAAACGCGUAUUAUCGUUUUUCACGUUAGGGAAGCAACGAUGCGCACGUAUUUACGGCAUCGUCAGAACUGCUAUUGCCUUGAAAAGACACGAUGCCAUUAUUUUCAAACGAAUAGAGUGCACUUCGCCGUAAUCUAGGAAUGGGUUUUGACAAGUCACUGGGUCUGAAAGACACUCUCUCGAUUUUGUCUCGCUUCCUCAGGUAAAAUGUUGUCGCGAGAGUCGGUUGCUAACGCAAUAGGAAGUGCUGGCAUCAGGUGCGUUAGAAGUCUUAUGGAGUAUGCUGUGAUUCCGGCCAAUACCGCUCCCAGUAACGCUUGAAGAGCUACUCUGCCCGGGCUCGAUGUAGAGCUUCUAAUAUAACAUAGAGGGACUGGGCCAAUGUGCGGAUGAAGAUACCGAUACCCCAUUAAAUUUCGCCAUGCCGCAUCCCAAGCGAUUCUCCGAGGAGCUCUAUUUGCCUGAGCGCGUAUUGUAGCAACGCGCCCCCUAUCAUCGCCCACGAAUGUGGCUUUUCAUCGUCUGGAAGAAGACUGGGCGCGGAAGACCACAACGGAGCGUUUGAUUUUACUUCAGAUUCAUUAUACUCUUAAUUUACGUUGAUCGGUCAGAACCUCGCGAUCUAGUCCGCUUUACAAUGAUUGAGUCGUCUGCAGACUUUUCGACUGAGGUACUUUGGAUCGUCGUCCUUGGCUUUAUCGUUUCCUUUUUCCUGGCGUUUGGAGUUGGUGCUAAUGAUGUAGCUAACUCAUUCGGUACUUCUGUGGGUGCUAAGGUCCUGACCCUGCGUCAGGCGUGCAUUUUAGCUACUAUCUGCGAGACAGCGGGAGCUAUUCUUAUCGGCUAUAAGGUAUCGGAUACAGUUAGAAAAGGCAUAUUUGAUGUGGAGAUGUAUGCGGAUGAUUCAAAAAAUCUAAUGCUAGGGAAUCUAGCCGCGUUGUUUGGUUCUGCAUGUUGGACUAUUCUCGCGACGUCUCUAUCACUGCCCAUCUCCGGAACGCAUUCGAUUGUCGGUGCCGUUGUGGGUUUUUCACUCGUAGCCAAAGGUCUGAAUGGUAUCAACUGGUCAGGUCUAGGUAAAAUCGUCGUUUCGUGGUUCGUAUCACCGCUCCUGUCAGGGGUUUUUUCCGCAUUAAUCUUUUACUCGAUCAAAGAGCUCAUCCUCAACAAGCGAAACCUACUCGACUGUGGACUCAGGUCGCUGCCAGCUUUUUAUGCGUUUACCGUAUUUAUUAAUGUGUUCUCCGUUCUUCAUGACGGGCCACGGGUGUUACAUUUCCAUUUAAUUCCACUCUGGGCUGUAUGCACACUGUCCGUAACAACAGCGGUAAUUGUCGCAUUGUGUAUAUGGUGCUUCUUCGUCCCGUAUUUAAGGGCCAAUAUCGUCAGCAAGAUCGUUUCACCCGUACCUGGUUCGGAUAAAAACGGCUCAGCCGUGAAGGAAUCAAUCUGUCUAGAGGCUGUAGCUAGCCUCGACCAUAACCAAGAGACGAUUACUUCUAUUAAUUCUUUACAGUCGACUUGCUCUUCGACAGUGAAUACGCCAAUUAAAACCUACGGAAGUAGGCCACCACUACCAUUUGUUACGCAGGUCAGCUUGAGUCCAGAAGGGGUAGAUAGACAGAAUAUGCGCAGGAAACGUUGCCAUACGGGUUGUGAUCGUUGCAAGCGGCGCUCGUUGGCGAGCCUCGAAGUUGCCAUUCUCGAGAGCAAACCCCGACCCGGCCGCCCAGAAGAACCGCUUAAACCUGAAGAGCCUCCUGAAGCAGUAGAACUUUUCUCAUUUCUUCAGGUCUUAACCGCCAUAUUUGGGUCCUUUGCGCACGGUGGAAACGACGUGUCAAAUGCAAUCGGUCCCCUUGUCGCUCUAUUCAUAAUCUACAACGAGGGUUCAGUUGCCCAAAAGGCUGAAACACCUAUAUGGAUUUUACUCUAUGGUGGAAUUGGAAUCAGCAUUGGAUUAUGGGUUUGGGGCCGUAAGGUCAUUCAAACAAUUGGAGAGGACUUGACAAAGGUUACGCCUUCUAAUGGUUUCUCAAUCGAGAUUGGUGCUGCUUUUACAGUACUUCUGGCAUCCAAAAUUGGUAUUCCCAUAUCAACAACGCACUGCAAGGUGGGUUCGAUCGUGUUUGUGGGCUGGGUGAAAUCUGCAAGCGCUGUAGACUGGCGGUUAUUUCGUGGCAUCGUAGCUGCCUGGGUGUUUACUCUACCCAUCGCCGGAGGGCUCAGUGCUGCCAUAAUGGCUUUACUCAUGCACGUCACCUAAAUUUCACCACAAUCUGUACUUACCGCUUGUUUCGUCCAAAUCUGACUUCAGUGCAAAAAUGCCACUCGUGUUUACUAUAAUAAAAAAGAAACACGUUUAUUAGAUUCGUUGAGGGCUGUAGGCUUUCAUGCAGAUCUCGGUAAAAAUUGUUGUUCUAAUAUCAAUUGGCCGCGCAGGGUGUCUAAAGCAUAAUCCGGGCUUUCUAAAAGCAUUUGCAGUACACAUUGAUAGCCUCACUAUAUGGACUAACAAAAACAAACGCGAGUCUUCGAAAGUGCGAUAAUUAACAUUGGACAAUGCAGAAAUAUACAAUCAAUAAUUACUAGAUUCAGAUCAGAGUUAUCCUGCGUAUCGAGGCGAAGUGUCCACCUAUAAAAAAAAAGGAGGGCAAUAGGGGAAGCGAAGAUCAACUGACCAACCCAGACCAAUUAUGUUCUAGAUAGAAUACAUAAUGGCAUAAAUGUUACUUACUGAAACGCAACAGGACCGAACCGGUAAACGCUGUAAUGGAGCUGUUUGUCAGAGGCAGGUUUGGGAGUCACGACGCUACACGUCAGUACCACGUAGGGUUUACGACUGUUGCGACUCAUACGUAUUAUUUUAUGUACUCAUAAGAAAGACCAUAUAUGUAACAGAUCGCAUCAGUAAUAUAGUUGUAUUGUGAGGCUUCCCGUUUCUGGUGCUGAGUGUGUGGUGGCAUUGGCCCGAUAGGAUCAACAGUCGACCGAAGAUAAUUACAGCGAUAGCAACCGCCUUCUUAUGACGGAUAUUUUUUUUUAUGUAAAUAGCUUUAGAAGGCAGAAUGAGCCUUAUUAUCACGUAUUUUACAGAACAACAAGGAUCUGGCGGCAGCCGAGGAGGCUCGCGUCCACAUACAUGCUUUGGUGUAUUUGGCCGGCUCUAUUCAACAAAAAAAGAAAAAUUAUUUCGUACAUUAACUUUUAUGUCAUUUCACGUUACCAUCUUCCGAUCCUGGAUCGGUAAUAAUUGUGUGCUAAUCCUAAAUACUAAAUAAUACAGCUGUUCGUUCGUAAAGUUAUAGAUGCAAGUACCAUAAACAUUUAAGUAUUUUACCUUAUAAAAUUCAUUUUAUAUUAUCAAUUAACUCUCAAGGAAAUUCUAAAUUGAGCCCGAAAAGAACUGUGUGUGUAUGUGUCGGUAUAGGACAAUGCGUUAUUACCGUAAAAUAAACAGGUCACUGAGUUGAUCGGUUGAAA